AUGAAGAAAAAUGGAAGUAAUCGUGUUAAAAAAGUUUCAAGUGAAGCAUAUGGAUUAUUGAAAACAAGUUUAAAGUAUCAAGUUAAAGAAUUUUUCGACAACUCUACACUUCAUGGAAUCCGUUACGUAGCUGAAAAGGAUCGUCCAUUUUUCGAAAAGUUUAUGUGGUUUUGUCUUGUUUCUGUCGGUGGUGUUGCAGCCUUUGUAAUUAUCGGAAGUUUAUGGGAGAAAUUUCAAACAAAUCCAACUCUUACAGGUCUUGAUACAGAUUUUCAUAAUCAACAAGUCUUCUUUCCAACUGUUACAGUCUGUCCUGAAUCUUCAUUCAGUACAAGUUUGGCUAACGAGACAAUGUUUGAGGAAUUUGCAAAAAGUGACAAUGAAAUUCUUGAAGAAUAUUUACCCGUUCUAAAAGCAUUACCAUCAUUAUCAUAUGAAACAUUUGGAGCCAUGUACGAGGCAAUUUUGAAUGUUUCGAAAAUUCAGGAUAUAAAAAACAAAAAUUUACGUCAAUUAGCAUUCAAAGUUGGUAUCAAGUGCGAUGAACUGCUCGAGAUUUGUAAAUACAAGGACGACGAAAUUACAUGUUGCGAUUAUUUUUUGCCAUUGUAUUCUGAGCAUGGAUUAUGCUAUUCAUUCAACACUCGUUAUUUUUCAACAUCCAGCAAUGAAACAAGAAACGAGCGAAUUAAUGAUCUUUUUGAAACAGACAAGAAAUGGGCACUGCAGUUCGUUCCGUCUGUGUCUUCAAGAAUCUUUGUACAUUCAAUCGAUGAAGUUUCCGGUUAUGAUUUCCGGCCAACCCUCGAACAUACAGUGGGUUUCUCGAUGAACUUGUUAAUUUCGAUGAAACAAACUUACACAACCGACGAUGCACGUCAGCUUACUGUCGCACAAAGGAAAUGCAUUUUUCCGGAUGAGAGGAGAUUAAAAUAUUAUAAAGAUGAUGCUUAUUCAUUUUCUCAAUGUAUGAAGCAAUGUCGUUUGGAACGUUCACACUCAUUCUGUCAGUGUAUCCCGCCCUUUUACGUUCCAGCAGCUGCAACAAACAAUUAUAGACAUUGUGGAAUUGAGGACUUUAGCUGCUUGGAGGAACUUUACAUUAUACAGAAAGAAAAAGAAGCACGUCCUAAAUCACAAUAUGAUCUCAGUUUGAGACUAAAACUUAAGGAAUCUGAUAGAUUGAAAAGUCUAUCAAUGCCCAAUAUUCAAACUGUGAGACCUGUUGAAUCAGCAGGGAGUAGUGGAGCAAGCAUACAAGUAAAAGCAUUCGAUAGUCCCAAAGUGCCUAUAAAGCACUAUUAUAUUGAUGGUCAAAUUAACGCCAUCAAUAAGAAAAUAGAAGAGAACACCAUUCUUAAUGGAUUAAGCAGAUUAAAUGUGAAAAAUAUUGGUAAACGAAAGUCCUUUGUUACGCAACCUCCUCGUCAAGUUACAUUUCGACCCAUACAGUUCGCUCCAUAUGCUCAUAAAAUUAAGCCAUUGGACAAAAAAUUCCGUAUUCGUUCACAAUCUGAGGGACCAGAUAUUAUUUUCGAAGGAUAUUUAGCGUAA